UGCAAUAAAGUCUAAAUAAAUAAAAAAAAAUAAACAGGUAUGCUGCUGCCAACGUCAACUUUCAAAUUUGCACGCAAUGAAAGUAAAAACCUGUGCCUAGGUCCAUAUGAUAUGUAUAUUUGACCCCAGGCAAGGUUACGUUGCGCUACUGUCUGUUGAUAUUCUCGCGACAUCAAUUGAUACGAGUAGCAAGUAUAAAACUAGAACUCUGAACUAAACAGGCACCAUUUACAUAUUAGUCGUAACUGAAGCAUAACCAAUUAUGUUCUCCCAAAUCGUAAUUUUGUGCGCCUUCGCGGCUGUAGCUCAGGCCGGUCUCCUGGUUGAGCCGCACUACUCCUCGGCCGCCGCUGUCUCCUCGCAGAGCAUCGUGCGCCACGACCAGCCCCAGCUGGCCCACAAGCUGGUGGCUGCCCCUGUCGCCUACCACGGAGCUCCCGCUCACGUCGCCUACCACGUCGCUCCCGCUCCCGUGACCUACCAUGCUGCUCCCGCCCCCAUCACCUACCAUGCUGCUCCUGCCGCUGUCCACUACACCGCCCCUGUUGCUAAAGUUGUUGCCCACCACGAAGAAGAAAUUGCUUACCCCAAAUACGAGUACACCUACUCUGUGGCUGACGACCACACAGGCGACAACAAGUCCCAGCAGGAGACCCGCGACGGAGAUGUCGUGAAGGGCUCUUACUCUUUCCACGAGGCUAACGGCUCCAUCCGCACCGUGGAGUACACCGCUGACGACCACAAUGGCUUUAACGCGGUGGUGCAUAACACUGCCCCCACGCACGCGCCCGCCGUCAUUAAAGCCGCCCCUGUCGUCAUCAAGGCUGCGCCCGUCUAUGCCGGUCCCGCUUACUACCACCAUCACUUAAAACCAUAUUUUAAAACUAUUUUGAUAUUGCAGAUCGUAGCCCUUUGCGCCUUCGCGGCUGUAGCCCAGGCCGGUCUCCUGGUUGAGCCGCAUUACUCCUCGGCUGCCGCCGUCUCUUCGCAGAGCAUCGUGCGCCACGACCAGCCCCAGGCCGUGGCCCACAAGCUGGUGGCUGCCCCCGUCGCCUACCAUGCUGCCCCCGCCCCCGUCACCUACCACGCUGCCCCUGCUGCCGUCACCUACCACGCCGCUCCCGCUCCUGUUGCGUACCACGCCGCUCCUGCUGCUGUCCACUACAGCGCUCCCAUCGCUAAGGUCGUCGCUCACGAAGAAAUUGCCCACCCCCAAUACGAGUACUCUUACUCCGUUGCUGAUGGACAUUCCGGCGACAACAAGUCCCAGCACGAGACUCGUGACGGAGAUGUCGUGAAGGGCUCUUACUCCCUCAAGGAGGCUGACGGCUCCAUCCGCACCGUGGAGUACACUGCUGACGCUCACAACGGCUUCAACGCGGUGGUACAUAACACCGCCCCCACGCACGCGCCCGUCGUGGUCAAGGCCGCUCCCGUCGUCUACUCCGCUCCUACUUACUACCAUCACUUGUUAAGUACCUUGAGGUCAUGUUUUAAAACUGUUGUAUUGUUACAGAUCGUAGCCCUUUGCGCCUUUGCGGCUGUAGCCCAGGCCGGUCUCCUGGUUGAGCCACACUACUCCUCGGCCGCUGCCGUGUCAUCUCAGAGCAUCGUGCGCCAUGACCAGCCCCAGGCUAUAGCCCACAAGCUAGUGGCUGCUCCUGUCGCCUACCACGCCGCUCCCGCUCACGUGGCCUACCACGCUGCCCCCGCCCCCGUCACCUACCAUGCCACCCCCGCUGCCGUCACCUACCACGCCGCUCCCGCUCCUGUUGCGUACCACGCCGCUCCCGCUGCUGUUCACUACAGUGCUCCCAUCGCUAAGGUGGUCGCUCACGAAGAAAUUGCCCACCCCCAAUACGAGUACUCUUACUCCGUUGCUGAUGGACACUCCGGAGACAACAAGUCCCAGCACGAGACCCGUGACGGAGAUGUCGUGAAGGGCUCUUACUCCCUCAAGGAGGCUGACGGCUCCAUCCGCACUGUGGAAUACACCGCUGACGCUCACAACGGCUUCAACGCGGUGGUACAUAACACCGCCCCCACGCAUGCGCCCGUCGUGGUCAAGGCCGCUCCCGUCGUAUACUCCGCUCCCACUUACUACCAUCAUUAAACAAUUCGACCAAAGAAACGAUUUAAUGAUGACUAGUUAAUUUAUUGCAAAUACAUGUUUAAGAUCUUAUUCUGUACUUAUUACUUUGACCUAGUUUUGGAUGGUUGUUUUUCAUGUAAAUAUACCUAUUACGCUUAUAAUUUAUUACCUGUUAACAGCCUGAGAGUGAGU